CACUCGGCGGCUCUGAAGACUCCAGUUCUGCGGCGACCAUCGCAUGGUCAAGUUCGGCGUUCCUUUGUCCCAGUGCGAAAUAGGUCUUGGGCUGCGAGAGUGUUCUGUUUCAGUGUGACUAAGCUGAAUUUCCGACCUCGGGAUAGACUUUAAAAAUAACUUGUUAAUUAGGCCCCAGUGAUACUUAAAACAUGGCCAAGGUAAACCUACUGCGACACCUCCUCCUAGCCCUGAUGCUCUACAGUGCGGCCGCGGCCAAGGAGCAUCUGCGCAUCCGAAGACAGGCCUCGGAAUCGGUGACUGCCUCGCCACCAAAUGCUAGCAAAGUAAUAGCCCCCGGAGAGACGGAAUCCCCAACGGAAAUCCCCGGUCUAAAUGAAAACCCCACGGAGGUCGCCAGGACUGAGAAGCCCAUCGAGACGGUGGAGACCCGCAACUCGGCCUUCGACCUGCCCGCCGCCUCCGAUCUGUCCAGCUCCCUGGGCUCCGAGGAGGACAGCAACUACUACGACAACGCCCCCAUCGACUGCAAUCCCGAGCUAGUGGGCUUCGAAAUUGUGACAGGCUAUGUCUUCUCGGCGCCCGAGAAACUGAUGGACUCCCAGCCGGGCACUCUGAUGCUCACCGACUGCCUAGACACCUGCAGGAAGAACAAAACCUGCCAGUCAGUGAACUACGAGACCGGGCUCUGCGUGCUCUUCUCAGCACACGCCGAUCAAUUACCGGGGGCCCUGACGAAGUCGCAGUUCCCCGUGUUCACAAUCUACGCCCAAAAAUCAUGCCUUUCCGUAAAGCCCUGCUCGCGAGCCUGGUACGUCGAUCGCGUCCAGAACUACAAGCUCAAGACGGAAGUGAAGCGUACCGUGUCGGUGGCUUCCAGACGCGAGUGCUUUGAACUCUGCCUCAGCGAAACCGAAUUCACAUGCAGAUCCGCCAACUACGAUCGCGCCUCCGGAGCCUGCGAGCUGAGUGAGCUGGACCGUUUGACGUUAGCCGGCUCCCAGGCCUUCCAGGCGAGCGAGGGGUCCGAUUACCUUGAGAACCACUGUGUCGAUGAACCCAAUAAGCUGUGCGAGUUCAAACGGCUGCCUGGCCGCAUCUUGAAGACGGUGGACUCUGUCUACCAAGAAGUCAGCAGCAUCGACGAGUGCCGGGAGUUGUGCCUCAAUUCGCCUUACAGGUGCCACUCUUACGACUACAACGACACUGGCGACAUGGUCUGCAGGUUAUCCCACCACAGUCGUGCCACCCUGGCCGAUGUGCAGGAGCCCUUCCUGGAGGUUCCCGAGGCCUCGACCUACGAACUGACUUCCUGCUACAAUGUGACCAUCGAGUGCGGCGGCGGAGACAUGCUGGCACGUAUUCGCACCUCCAAGCUGUUCAACGGCAAGGUCUACGCCAAGGGAUCGCCCAAGUCUUGCUCGGUGGAUGUCAGGAGCUCCCUGGACUUUGAGCUGCGGAUGAACUACCACGAUCUGGAGUGCAAUGUGCGACAGAGCACCGCCGGUCGCUAUGUGAACGACAUUAUAAUCCAGCAUCACGACAUGAUUGUGACGUCCUCGGAUCUGGGCUUGGCCCUGGCCUGUCAGUACGACCUGACCAACAAGUCGGUUAGCAACGGCGUGGACUUGGAUGUGCGCGGCGACAUCAUGCCAGCGCUCUCGGAGGAGGUGAUCGUGGAGUCGCCCAAUGUCAUCAUGCGCAUCACCUCGCGGGAUGGCUCGGAUAUGAUGCGGUCCGCCGAGGUCGGCGAUCCGCUGGCUCUCAAGUUCGAAAUCGUCGACGAGCAGAGCCCCUACGAGAUCUUCAUUCGGGAGCUGGUGGCCAUGGAUGGCGUGGACAACUCGGAAAUUACCCUGAUUGAUUCGAAUGGCUGCCCGACGGACCACUUCAUAAUGGGCCCCAUCUACAAGGGCUCGGUGUCCGGCAAGAUGCUGCUCUCCAACUUCGACGCCUUCAAGUUCCCGUCGAGCGAGGUGGUCCAGUUCCGAGCCCUGGUCACCCCGUGCAUGCCCAGCUGCGAGCCAGUCCAGUGCGAGCAGGAGGACACCAGCGGGGAGUUCAGGUCCCUGCUGUCAUACGGACGCAAGCGCAGAUCUCUCAACGAAACAGACGAUCAUCCCCGGCCACGUCGCGACAUCGACACUUCAAAGAAGUCCGCACCUAGCGACAUGCUGCUGGUCCAAUCCAUCCAGAUUACGGACAAGUUCGGAUUCAAGCAAGAUAAGCAAGAAAGCGGGGAUUAUUACGACGGAAACGAGACCACGUUUACGGCCAACGAAGAGGGUCACGGAUUCUGCGUUAACGCCAUUGGUCUUAUCACGGCUGCCACGAUCUUCCUGCUCACUCAGCUGGCCGUGAUCGCGAUUUGGACGUACUGCUACCAGCGCCGCCAGAAACUGCAGCCGUACCAGCACUCCUACUGAGCGAGUGGGGGAGGAUCGCCGAAUCGCAUUUCUUCACAUUAACCACAUUAACGUCUAAGCUUCACAAGGUGCAAUCAAUAUUUACUUUACGAACACCCGUCGUCCUGAUACCACAUCCGCUAUUUGCCUUAUCUAGUCAGUGCACGAUUUUAGAGAAAUGGAAUGAAUUAUGUGUCUUGUUCGGUGGAGUUCAGAGAUUGUUUGCAUUGCAGCCACGGCGUUGGGUUUGUGUACUCCUCAAGCAGACUCCCCACUUGCAAAGGAAGUUCGACAGCCGCCCGCCUUGAACUUCUUUUGCGACUUCGGAGAUCAGAUGGUUGACACUUGUAAAAACUAAUACGCACUACACGUGCCCCUCGAAUUAAUGCCCCCCAUCUGUACCGAAUGCGAUCUAGCUCUUAAGCACUAUAAUUUAUUACACAUCAAUGACAGUUUAAUGUUUGCAUUGGACCCCUAAUUUUAUGGAACGAAACUCAUCUUAUUAUUAAUAAACCUAAGUUUUUUAAUGAAAUA